AUGUGGUUAGAGAUCAUCUGCGGUCUGAUAAUAUACAGGUUGUAUAGGUGCUUCUUCUGCGACGAUGACGACGUUUUGGACGUGGAGACCUCUGAUUCUAAGGCUCUCUUCUCCGUCGGCGAGAGGCUUGUCAAGAUUUAUGGCGGCAAGGUCUAUGCUGGCCUCCGGAUUCCCGAUGCUGAUACCGCUACCCCUCAGAAUAUCGAUUUGGUUCUCGUCUCCAAAGGGGAGGCAGUGGUGAUAGCCGUCAAGAAUUUCUCAGGAUUGAUCUCAGUCAAUCCAGAUGGCAGCUGGGUUUGUGAGGGCUACAGUAAACGCAAAACGGAGCACCAUCCUGAUCCUGUGGCGGAGACUAAAAAACAAGCUUCGAUUCUUGAGUCAUAUUUAGAACAAAGAGGAGUUGCUUUACCAGAAGGAUAUUUGUCUUGCAAAGUAAUUCUUUCCAAUCCUAAAGUUUGUACCAUUCAGUCAAGCAAUUUUCCAUCAGAAGUUGUAACCCAUGACCAGUGGUUACAGCUGAAACCAGAACCAAAAAGUAUGUUUUCUGGUUGGAUUAAGGGUGCCUUCCAUAGUGGAAAGAAAGAGAUGCAAGAAUCUAUACAUCAGAAGCUUAAUUUCAUCCUUAGUACGGCUCCAAUGUGGGAUAGGUUGGAGCUCAAAGGUAAUAAGUAUGUUCUUGGGGAGUUUCUGGAAUUUAAGGGUAAGCAGGAAGAUGUUGAGGCUUUGAGAAAUAUCAAAAGAUCAAAAAUUAGCCGCCUAGUUGUCCAAAAGACGAGCAUGCUUGGAUUUGCCCCCUCAAGGCUUCAAGUUUUGUACUCUCCUCGUGAUUAUCGUAGCGAAGGAGCUUCAGGUUCUGAGUGGAAGGAAGUAACUGUAAGGUCGAGUACAGAGGUUCUCUUUCAGCCAGAAAGUUCUGAUAAACUCCGCAAGUUUAAGCUCUCUUCGAUUGUUUCUAUGUCACUGAGUGCUUAA